GUUUGCAGGCCGGCCGAUAUUCAUUAUUUGCCGAGUUCCUUUGCAUCCGGAGUUGUACUUUAACAGAGAUAACAGUACUGGUUCCCUUCACGAAAAAGUUUCAUAGUUUAAGAGAAGGAUAAUGGCUUUAAUAAAGUUUAUAUGCGCGAUUAUUACCCGAUGUUUGUUCAUCCUAGUAGCAUUUUUGGGGGUAUUUGGAGUUACAUCGGUUAAAAAAGAUCCUCGUUAUUGGUUACUGACUCUUCUCUUUCUGCCGCUCAUUUUCGAAAUGUUCUUAACCUUAAAAAUACGAAAAGGCGAAGACUACAAGUGGUUCUCGCCAGCCAUCUUGCUGUUCCUCAUCAGCAUCAUACCCUCCAUAUGGAUUUUGGAACUGUACCAUCAAGAAAAUAAAUUAAAUUAUCCACAGUGUAAGAGCCUGGAUUCACUGGAAAAUGUAAUGAACAUUUUAAAUAUUACUAUGCGCAAUCAGACACUUACGGAGCUGGACGCUCUUCUGUCUGACGUGUGUGUCGAUGACUGGAUUCUCGCGCUUCACCAAAUCCUGCUCAUCCUCCUGAUUGUGGGGAAGUGGCUGCUGCCUAAAGGAGGCAGCGUCACCCGAGACGGGCUCUCUCAGCUCCUGCUCAUUUUCGUUGGUAUAGCUGCUGACAUACUGGAGUUUACAAGUGAGACACUGUCAGAUGUGAAGGAAAGUAGGCCUGAGUUUGUGUACAUAAUACUUGGUGUGUGGACUUGGAGUAUGUUACAAUUUCCUUUCCAUGUGACAGUGGUGAACCCUGGUUCAGCAGAUGCUACUGAAGGUAGAAGCACGUCCCGCCUUAGAAGACACUUCAGUGACAUCUGGGGUAUAACUGAAAGUGUCUUAACCCAAGAUGGUCCCUUCCUUGUCGUUAGACUGCUGGUUAUGAUUAAAUACAAAGUGUUCCACCAAAUGCUGGUGUUCUUUGCUAUUAAAAACUUCCUUGUUGUUAUCCUCAAUUUUUACCGCAUGUAUGCUAUUAUGUCAGAAUAGGUAGAAAUCUUGGAAAAAGAUCCUGUGUAGAAAGGAUUGUGCUGUAAUAAUAUUGUAUUUGACAUCUUAAUAUAUUAUGUUUUGGGGCGGCAUGGUGGUGCAGUGGUUAGCACUGUUGCCUCAUACCUCUGGGACCUGGGUUCGAGUCUCCGCCUGGGUCACAUGUGUGUGGAGUUUGCAUGUUUUCCCCAUGUCAUUGUGGGGUUUCCUCUAGGUACGCCGGUUUCCCCCCACAGUCCAAAGACAUGCUGAGGCUAAUUGGAGUUACUAAAUUGCCCGUAGGAGUGCAUGUGUGAGUGAAUGGUGUGUGAGUGUGCCCUGCGAUGGGUUGGCCCCCCAUCCUGGGUUGUUCCCUCCCUCAUGCCAUGGGAUAGGCUCUGGACUCCCCGCAACCCAGUAGGAUAAGUGGUUUGGAAGAUGGAUGGAUGGAUGUUAUCAAAUUGAAAUUUUUAAAACAUAGGCAUUUACGUUUGCAUUUACAAAUUCCGCAGCCACUUCCUGGGAUAGUUACUAGGCUGGAUGUGACCUUAACCUAGAAUUUAUGUAAAUUAUAUUUUAAAUCCAGGAAUAUAUUCACCUGUCAGAAUUAUAUUUCAAGUUAAAUAUGUGCAUGUCUUACAUUUUUCCAAAAUGAUACAAAACAAAAUAAAACAGUGUUGAUAUACAUUUACUGUGUAAUAUCCAUCAUCAUUGCUGAUUACAGAAACAAAAAAUAAUUUGUAUAAAAAUAGUGAUUACAAUGUUAUAUUUUCAGUAUUUUUUUAGCUAUUUGCCCAAACUAUAAAUAGUAAUGGGGUAAUAAACAAAUUUACGAAGCAAUUUCAACGGACCAUGCACAUUAUAUAAUGAUUAUUACAUUGUAAAGUGAGUUAUUUUAAUCCAGGGAACAUGUAGAAAAAAACAUUUUACUACACAAAUAUAUUGUUUUUGCAUGUCAAAUAACACUUGAAUCAAUGAUUGGAGUUGACACUGCAAUUAACGAACAAUCCCAAAUGUAAACUGCAACUACUAACAGUGUAACAUUCUAGUUGGAUUGUAAGGUCAUAUGAUGAUGACCAAGAUCUCUAUAGGAACUGUGACCUAAACUCGAGACUUAAGUGUCACGGAGCUGAGCUUUGUGGAAGAGCCCAGUAACAGAUAAGGAUGCAAUUUUGUUCAGUUGAUUUAUUCCAAAUGUUAUUUCUUACUUUCCCAUUUACCCAUUUCCUUGGUUCUGACAUCAAUGGUUUAGCUUGCAUACAAACACACUAUAGUACAGUCACGUGAAAAAAGUUAGGUCUUCUUUCAAAUUAUAUCUGUAGAUAGAAAGCGAUGUAAUUGCAUCACCUAUGCAAAAAACAAGGAAAUUACCCAAGAUGCAAAUUCAUACUGAGGAAAAAAGUCAGUACACCCUAUGCCUUAAUAGGUAGCAUUUCCUCCUUUGCCUUUUCUUGGUAGAUUUACUGGAAUGUCAUGUUGCAUGGUCCACCCCCACUUCUGCUUCAACUUCUUGACAGAUGUUUUCACAUUGUCCUCAAGCACCCUCUGAUAUGAUGAAGAAUUCAUAGUGGAUUCUAUGAUGAUGAGCUGGCCAGGAUCUGCUGCAGCAAAGCAGCCCCAAAUCGUAUAGUCUUGAAUGCAUAUAGUCUUGAAGACAAGCCCAAAUUCACAAUCAGUGUUAUACAGCAAGCAAAGGUCUGAAUGGAAAAAGUAUACACUAAUGUAGGUUGAGAGGUGAGAGAUCAGGGAAUUUCUAGACAAAAUGCUAAGUCAGGGACAAUGGGAACUUAAAACAAUAUUGUGACGAGUAAGAUUUGAGAGUAAUUCAAGAAAAAGAUUUGACUUGUAUUUACUGAAUGCAAUGGAACAGGGCAAAUGACUUAGUAUCAAUUUCGUUGGAGCAGGUAGGACAGUUUCUAGUCCUAGUUGCGCCAUCUUUGGUUUGACAUCUUUCGUAUUGUUUUCGAGCAUAAGCGACAAAAAACAUUUCACUACACACAUAUAGUGUAUGUUUGUGCAUGUGACAUAGAUCUUGAGUCAAGAAUUGCUGUUAUUGAAAUUAAUAAACAAGGCAAAAAGUACGCUGCAACUGCUAACAGCAUAACAUUCUAGUUUCAAUAUAAGGUCAUAGGAUGAUGAUCUGGAUAUACAUAGGAACUGAAUCAAUGUAAUAAAUGCAUUACUUUUGUUUACUUUCACUCUGGUUAAGUUAGGCUAGUCAUCUACUUUCACAUUUUAUUAAAGCUGCUAGGAUACUGAGCAAUAUCUGGCCUC